AUGUACGCCUUCAACGCCGCCGCUCUUCUCGCCCUUGUUGGCGCCGUUGCUGCCAAGCCCACCGCCUCUCCUGCUCCUAUGCCCACUGGAAGCAAGAACGGCACUGUCACUGUCACCAGCGUCGUCGAUGUCUACACCACCUACUGCCCUGGACCUACCAGCUUCCACAUGGGCGGUAAGGACUAUGUUGUCACCAAGCCCACCACUCUGAUCAUCACCGACUGCCCUUGCACCGUCACUGAGACUCACCCCGCUGGUCCUACUUGGAUUCCUGGUCACCCUGGCUACAAGCCUGAGCACCCCGUCAAGCCUGAGCACCCCGUCAAGCCUGAGCACCCCGUCAAGCCCGAGCAUCCCGUCAAGCCCGAGCACCCCGAGGUUGAGAAGCCUGAGCAUCCCGCCAAGCCUGAGCACCCCGAGGUUGAGAAGCCUGCCCAGCCUGAGAACCCCACCAACCCCGAGAAGCCCGAGGGUGAGAAGCCCGGCAAGGAUGAGGAGGUCCCCGAGGAGCCCGUUGUCACUGCCGGCGCUGGUGCCGUUCAGUUCGGACUUGGCCUUGCUGCCUUCCUCGGUCUCAUGGCUCUGUAA